UGACAUUUUAACCUACCUAAUUAAAUAAAAAUUUGCACAAAACUGUGAACUGUUAUUGCAGGUAGUGUGACGGUUCGAAAUUUUCAAGCCUUUAGCCGAAAUAAGUUCAAGCACAAUGCCAUUAGAAUGGCUUUUUGGCAAACGUAUGACACCAGAGGAGAUGUUGCGCAAAAAUCAGCGUGCACUAAACAAGGCUAUGAGAGAUCUCGACCGUGAAAGAGCACGCAUGGAACAGCAAGAAAAAAAGAUUAUCACAGAUAUAAAGAAAAUGGCUAAAGAAGGACAAAUGGAUGCUGUAAAAAUAAUGGCCAAGGACCUUGUGAGAACACGUCGAUAUGUAAAAAAAUUUAUGCUCAUGAAAGCUAAUAUUCAAGCAGUUUCUCUUAAAAUACAGACCCUCCGAUCACAAAAUGCAAUGGCACAAGCUAUGAAAGGUGUAACAAAAGCAAUGCAGAAUAUGAACAGGCAACUGAACUUGCCUCAGAUUCAGAGAAUUCUUCAAGAAUUUGAAAAACAGUCAGAGAUAAUGGACAUGAAAGAAGAAAUGAUGAAUGAUGCCAUUGAUGAUGCAAUGGAAGAUGAAGGUGAUGAAGAAGAAAGUGAUGCUGUUGUGUCACAAGUACUGGAUGAGCUAGGCCUGCAGCUUACAGACCAGUUGUCUGGCUUGCCACAAGCAUCAGGUUCCUUAGCAGCAAGCGGAGCAAAAGCACCAGCCAUGGCCGCAGCUGCAGGCGGUGGCGGUGGUGCAGGAGCCAUCAAUGAUGCAGAUGCUGACCUCCAGGCUCGGCUUGACAACUUAAGGAGAGAGUAGCAGCAGCAGGGUUGGCUACUAAUACAGAGCUCAGUGACUCCUUCAUUUGGUCCCUUGGGAGCAAAAGUAAUGAAACUGUAUUCAUCAAUAUAAACCAGUUUUAAGGAAACACUCCACUUUUAAGUUGAUUAAAAAUUGGUUAAGUAUUUAAGAGCAUAACAAGCAGUAGUGUAGAAGAUGCUGGGAAACCAGCAAACACAAAUUCACUUAUUAAACUUUUAACACAAAUAAUAGUUUAAUAUUUACAUUUUCCUGCCCCUCCUUCCCUCCCUCCCUGCUUAAUACAUUAUGAACUAAACUGCUAUUCAGUUACACCUCAAAUAAGCUGCUCUUAGUGUUAGUGGUUUCAUGUUUCCUUCCUAGAAUUUUGUCAAGGCUUGAUGGCAUAAUGAACAUAACAGCAAAGAUGAAACUACUGGAUAUCUGCUAGAAUUCCUUCUAGAAUUAAAUAUUUACUUACACAAGAUCUGAAAUUUUCACAGCAAAUAAAUGCACUAAAAUCUUCUCAGGUGAAUGGCCACAUCAGAUUACAUUGCCAACUUACAUUUUUUAACUGUAUUUUAAUAUAGCAGAAUAGUAACUGAAAGCUGAGUUUGGAUGCCUGAAGGAAACAAAGCGAACAGUACUUACUAGAGAGUACAGUCUUCUGGAAUAUGAUGCUGUGUAGUCUGGUAGAAAUUCACUAAUAUUUCAGAGGAAUACUGCCCCCCUCUCUUCUUCAGGGUUGAACAGUAAGUGAAGCAAGCUGAGCUCUGUUGGUUGCUUGACUGACUUACUUUUCAAGGCUGAAGAUGGGGGCAGUGAAUUCCUCUUAAAUGGUGGUAAACUUCUAACAGGCUACAUGCAGUCACAUGCCACAAUUUAAUACUGUUCAUAGUUAACUUAUGUGAAAACCUCAGAUGUAAUGAUACUUUUGUUCCCAAGGCUUUAACAUUUUUACUUAUCUCUCCUAAAUUAGAGCAUUAGUUGCUGUUCCCCCCCCCCUUCCAGCUUUAAAUUCUUAGGACUUCUCAGCACUGUGGGCCUAUCAUUGCCUUGAGGGAUUAGGAAGCAACUUCCAUUUACAGUGGGUUUCUUCAGAAUCUGAUUCUUGUUGGUAACAAAUUUUGAUUGUGCCAGUGUAUUUAUUUUAUAUGCCUUUUUGUGAGAAAAAUGGCCAAUUCAGGUAAUUAUUCAUACUUACUGUAUGAAAAUUGCUUAUUAGGCACUUCACAUUCUUCAGUCCUUGUCAGGGGCUGUUAUACAAUAACAGAAGACUGAACUGUUAUGUGUUACUUAGAUACUGUAUUGCUGUAGUAAUAUGGCUGUUAUGCUGAAAUAUCGGUAUAUGGACAAUUAUGACAUAAAACGAGAUCCGUGUGAAUUGUUACAUUCAUUGCCGUCCCCUCCCCUUUUUUUUCCUUGGCACUACAGCCCCAGUGGGCCUAGGC